CAUGCGUCGUCCGAAUCGGGCAGUUGAGAUCAUUGGACAGCGGAUAAGACGGCUAUGUAGAAAUGUUGCUAUGCUGACCUUACUCAGGAUGAAUUUUACUGUCUCUCUGGUGUUUCUGCUGUUCUCAGGAGUUGUUGCUCAGGAUGGGUGGGCUGUGAAUUACAACUCUAAAUCUUUCUGUGCUCUAAAGGGGUCUGCAGUGACCAUAGAGUGCUUUUAUUCAUAUCCAAGUGGUCACUCAGUCCAAAAAGCUUUCUGGACUAAAGAGCUGGUUACAUCUGGUUCAGAGCCUCCUGAUCUGUUAGAUGAUCCAGAGUACAGAGGCAGGUCUCAGUAUUCUGGAGACAAACAACAGGACUGCGCUCUCAGACUGAAGAAUGUGUCAGAAAAGGAUCAAAGUAAAUACUACUUCACAUUUAUAACAGACCAACCUGGAGGAAAGUAUCAAGGGGCAGGUGGAGUUGAUCUUUCGGUCACAGAUCUCCAGGUGGAGGUUCCUGAGAGAGUGAUAGAGGGAGAUAAAGUCACUCUCACAUGUAAAACCAGCUGCAGUCUGUCAGUCAUACCAACAUUCACCUGGUACAGAAAUGGACAUCGUUUAUCCUCCAGUACUGACCAACUCCACCUGCAGCUGGUCAGCAGGGAGGAUGCAGGCAGGUAUCACUGUGCUGUACUGGGUCAGAACUUUCGCUCUCCUGAGGUCACUCUGAAUGUCAGAUAUGGCCCAAAGAGCGUCUCUGUGUCCAUCAGUCCCUCUAGUGAAAGAGUGAAGGGCAGUUCAGUGACUCUGACCUGCAGCAGUAAUGCAAACCCACCUGUGCUGAACUACACCUGGUUUAAAGAAGGUGGAAGCUCACCUGUAGGAUCUGGACACAGUUACAGCGUUCAACAGAGAGGGUCCUACUACUGUGUGGCUCAGAAUGAAUAUGGAUCUCAGAAAUCAGCUGUGAUGCCAAGCACUUUAAACGGGGUUGGACAUACAGUUCUGUAUGCUGCUCCUGGGGUCACUGUUGGAUGUGCAUGUUUAUCUGUUUUCAUUGCCGCUUCUCUUUAAGGUCUAUGGUUCCUGUUGGAUUCUUCUCUGCUUUGAACUUCAUCACUGUCAGCUUCACCUUCACAUCCAAACACAGACUGUUAGUAAAUCUACAUAAAACACAAUGAACAAUGUAUUAAUAUUGUGGAAAUCAGGAGAAUAAACAAAAACUUUAUUAUUUCA